AUGCCGCUCAGUGUCUUAUACAGAGCAGCAGUUUGUGCUGCUGUCGCGGGGCUGCAGCACGCUGCUGCUGCUGCUGCUCUGCAUGCGCUGGCUGGUGCUGCUGCUUCUCCUGUCUCCCAGCAGUGGUUUAGGGCAUUGGCGUUUGCUGUUGAAGCUGAGGCUGCUGUUGCUGCUGCUGCUGCUGCUCCUGCAGCAGGUGCAGCAACUGCAGCAGCAGCAGCAGCAGAAGCAGCAGCAGACACAGGAAGCACAGAAGCAGAUGAGGAGCUGGUUGCUGCUCUUGGUGCUGCAGCGCGAAAGGCCCAUUGCUGCUGGAGAGACUCCCUGCUGCAGCUGCAGCAGCACCAUAGAAGCAAACGCAUGCAGCUGCCGCUCAGCUGCAGCAGCCCGCCCCCCCUGGCACCCCUUGGGGAGUUUGUUAAGGGACGCAUGCGGCUUGUCUCCCUGUUGCACUCGUUUGCUGCUUUCUGCCUUGAAGCCCAUCGCCGCCUCGGCUGCAGCAGCAGCAGCAGCAAAAGCAACAGUAACAGCAAUUACAGCAGCAGCACCAACGGCAGCAGCAGCAGCAACAACGGCUGCGCGAAGAGCUUAUCAACACCGAACAACGACGAAGAAGCAGCAGCAGCAGCAGCAGCAGCUGCUGCUGCUGCUGCUGCUGCUGCUGUCGCCGAUUCUGCGUUCUCUGGCCUCUGUGAAGACCUCCAGAACAUUCGGCAGUCAGCUAAGGAAACCCUACACUGCUUUCAUAGGCAGCUGCAGCUGAUGCGCAGCUGCUGCCAGACCACCAAGCUGCUGCUGCUGCUGCAGUGCUGCUGCUGCCGCACGGUACUUCUCUUGGCUUCUUUCUGUUUGCUGCGUCUCCUUCUAUGGAAGCAGCAGCAGCUGCAUGCGCAGCAGCAGCUGCUGCAGCAAGCGUCCUUGGAGGCAGGGUUGUCCAGCAGCAGCAGGAACAUCAGCAGCAAGAGCAGCAGCAGCAGCAGCAAGAGCAGCACAGCAGGCAACAGCAGCAUAAUCCUGCUGCUACAGCGAGCCAAGCACGAGCUGGCAGCAGCAGCAGCAGAGCUGCAGCAGCAGCUGCAAGGCUUCUGCAGCAGCAACGGUGCUGCUAUCGAUCUAAGGGGCCCCUGGCUUUGUGCCUGUACAGCUUCUCCUGCUGCAGCAAAGCAGCAGCUGCUUGCUGCACUGAGUUCAAGCAGCAGCAGCAGCAGCAGCAGCAGUAACACAGACAGAGCAGCGAAACCGGUAGAACUAUCCAACACCAUUAGUAGCAAAAGCAACAGCAGCAACAGCAGCAACAGCAGCAGCAGCAGCAGCAGCAGCAGCAGCAGCUGCUGCCGCUGCUGCAGUGGGAGGAGUCGUCAUCAGCAGCAGCAACAGCAGCAGCAGCAACAGCAGCAGCAGCAACAGCAGCAGCAGCAACAACGACAACAGCAGCAGCAGCAGCAGCAGCAGCGGGUGGUACAGGCUGCUACUCGCCGCCUCACGGGGCUGAUGCCGGCGGUGUCAGUGUAUGCGGAGCUGCGGGGGGCUUCGGCGGAGACACUGCAGGCCUGGCGUUGGCUCGAAGUUAAAUAUAUUUUCAUCAGCAGCACCGGGGAGAGACAAGACGACCCCAUUCGUCUCUGGCUGCCUCAUACAGACCCCAGGCGCACAGAGCUGCGGCGUGAGUUGGUGCCCGUCCCGCAUCCCUUCACAGCAACGAACCCCAACAGCAACAGCAACAGCAGCAGCAGCAGCAGGAGCAGCAGCAGGAGCAGCAGCAGCAGCUGGCAAGUGUCUCCUAUUGUGCGUCACCGCUGCUGCCUGGCGGGAGACAGCAGCAACCUGCACGGCCUCGCCGUGGAGACACAGCCCCUCGACGGCCGCCUCAGCCCCCUGGGGGAGACAACACUCGCGGGGGUCAUCGCGGACGAGCCAGAGCUGCAGGCGCUAGACCUCUAG